UCCUUCCCACUGCUUUUGCUGCCAGCUGAAAUAAUGGCGGCAGCCGCCCUUCUCUCGAAUUCAAUGGCACGUCUCAUAAUUGGGACUGGCGAAGAAAUUUUGUAUCAGUGUUCAUGCAAAACUUUAAAACCCAUAUCAAGGCUGUAUUUCUGUAGACACUGUUCAAAGCUGAGGUGUCCUGAGUGUGUUUCUCAUGAGGUUGAUUCCUAUUAUUGUCCAAAUUGCCUGGAGAACAUGCCCUCUGCAGAAGCAAAGCUGAAGAAAAAUAGGUGUGGCAACUGUUUUGACUGUCCUAGCUGCUCAAACACAUUAGUAAUCCGUGCAACAGCAAUCAAUGUACCAAGCAGCCCACUUGGCUCAGCAACUGAAUCCGGAAAAUCUCCUGCCACCAAGAAGAUGCAUUAUCUGUUUUGCUCAUUUUGCAGAUGGACCUCAAGAGAUGCUGGUUUAGAGGAUCAGCCAACAGCAAGUGGCGGUUGGCCUGAAUUGGAGCAUCCAAAUGCAAAGCAUAUUUCAGCAUUAACUGAGUAUUACAAGCAUGUUGCACAUCAGGAAAAGCUGGAAAGGGAGAAGAAAAAACUAACAAAGCGCCGGACAUAUCUCCAUCUAAUGGAUCGGUAUGGCCUAGCCUUGUCUCUUGGCAAAAAGAAGCCUGGGUCUCCUUCAUCUGCGCUUGCAUCAGCAAUUCUUGGCAAAUCGAAAGUAAGCGAAGUAGCUCUUCCAAAACUCGAUGAACCAGUUUCAGAAGUCGAAGAAUUGCCAGAUGAAUAUUACACUAAACAAAUUAUCAUUGAAGAAGUACCCUCCAUCCAGCAACGCUUAGCACAUCCAGUCAAACAGCCUUCGGAGUGCAGGGAUUUCUACCCAAGACACAAACAAAUGCUGGUGCGGAGAUCGAUGCGUUGCAAGGAAUGCGAGCAUAACCUCAGCAAACCAGAAUUCAACCCAUCUUCUGUGAAGUUUAAAAUCCAGCUUGGUGCAAUGAAUUACACACCUCAGUUGAAAAUAGCCAAGGUUCCACUUCUUAGACCUAAUAAGGAAGAGCAAAUAGUUUUGACGAUAACAAACCCAACAGACAGUGUUAUGCAUGUGAAUUUCAGACAGGUGGAGGAGGGUGAUGAGGAUUUUGAGCAAAGAACUGCAGAGAUCCAUCUUCCCAAAGUUCCUGUCCCUAUUGCUGCCAAAGACGCUUCAACAGAGUUUGAUGAAUUCGACGUUUCCACUGAUUAUUUUGAAGACGAUCCCAAAGUAAUCCAGUCAAGACAGGCAAAUAAAGUUUGGUUUUAUGCACGAGUUAAACCAUUGAAUUCUCCCAGCGAAGGAACAAAGUGCAUAUUCAAAAUGUCGUUUGAAUACAAAGUGAUAACUGCAUCCAUUCCACGGCCUUCUGAGACCGAGAAAAAGCCCGUGAAAUCUGGUGAGACGACUAUUGGCCUUCAGAUACUGGUGCACCUCAACAUUGCAGGAAGCUACGCUGCAGCUUCAUCAGUUGAGGCCGACUUUGAAGAUCCGCUUGAUGCGAAGAUGAAAACAGAGCUUGCCACGGAAGUGUGAUGGACUUGGAUGUUAUUUAGAUGUUUUAGAUAUUUCAAUUGCCUGGCAUCAUUUAGCAGCUGAACAGCGAAAUAGUUGCAUUUAUUUACAACGAUUGCAUAUGCAGUUGAAAUGUUGAGAGAGUUCGGAGAGGAGUCCGGCUGUAAACAUUGAAGCUGACGCUAGCUACCUAUAGAAUUUUCUGAAUCGAGUUGUAUGGAAAACUUGAAAGAUUCAGCCCAAAGUAAUUGCCUAGAUUCGUAUUUUAUCUUUAGAUAUUAUUUUUGUUAAUGAUAUUUGCCAGAUUGGCUAAAAUUAGA